GACAGUCCUUACUACUGUUCCUUGAACCCUUCCCUCCCCUCUUCCCCAAAACUCAAGAAAACCUCCAUCUACUCUCUCACUACAAUUGGGCCAAAAAUAGACAAAGAUUUGCAGCGGAAUUUCCAUCUUUCCAAGAAUACCCCGCAUCUCAAAAUCCAAUAUUGCUUGAUUGUUUUCACAUUUUUGAGGAUGAGAUUCAAAAACCCCCAUUUCGAGUAAUGGAAUGAGGGGAAGUGUUUUUUAGCAGAUUUCUCAUACACCCCCCGUCAACAGUUCAAACCCGUUCUUGCUACAACGAUGAGGAAACAUGGUUGGCAACUUCCAUAUCAUCCUCUUCAGGUGGCUGCUGUUUCUGUGUUUAUAGCAUUGGGAUUCGCUUUCUAUGUGUUCUUCGCCCCUUUUGUGGGCAAAAAGUUGUAUCAAUAUAUUGUAAUGGGAAUCUACACUCCUCUAAUUAUAUGUGCAUUUGGCCUGUAUAUUUGGUGCGCUGGUGCUGAUCCAGCAGAUACAGGAGUUUUCAAAUCAAGAAAAUAUUGUAAAACAACAAACAACAAAACAGGUGUUAAAAAAGAAGGAUCGAUAAUAGAAGAUACAAAAGAUUAUAAAUCUGAAACUGAAAAAGCCACGUCACCACCUUCUUGUUUUAUCCCCCUUUUGGCUCUCAUUCCUUGUGCUGCCAUGUGUCAUCAACACCAAGACUCUUCUGAACAUCAAACAAGUGACGAUGGCAUGUUCUACUGCAGUCUCUGUGAAGUUGAGGUUUUCAAGUAUAGCAAGCACUGUAGAGUGUGUGAUAAAUGUGUUGACCGAUUUGACCACCAUUGCAGGUGGCUUAAUAACUGUAUUGGGAAAAAGAACUAUGCAAUAUUCUUUGCUCUUAUGGUUUCUGCUCUUCUUCUGCUUAUACUUCAAUGGUCAACUGGAAUCGUUGUUUUGAUAAAUUGUAUCCUGGAUCACAAAAGAUUUGAUGUAGAAAUAGCAUCCAAAUUAGGAAGCAGUUUCACUUUAGCCCCUUAUGUUUCAGUUGUGAUGGUAUGUACUAUUUUGGCAAUGAUCGCAACAUUGCCACUCAUUCAGCUUUUCUUCUUUCACAUUCUUCUUAUAAAGAAGGGAAUUAGCACAUACGAUUAUAUCAUAGCAUUAAGGGAACAAGAGAAUCAAGGAUAUGGGGGCCCACAAAGUCCACAAAUGUCACCGGCUACCUCAAUCACCGGAUUAAGCAGCGUCAGCUCCUUCAACACUUUCCGGCAAGGAGCGUGGUGUACGCCUCCACGACUCUUUGUUGAAGAUCAGUACGAUGUAGUUCCACCAGAAACCAGUUCAGUGAGCUCGUUAGGUAAAAAAACGAUAGAAGAUCGAGAUCCAAUCAAGAAAAAGAAUCCGACAAGCGUGAAAAUCAGCCCAUGGACCCUGGCCCGUUUGAAUGGUGAUGACGUGUCAAAAGCAGCUGCAGAGGCACGAAAAAGGUCAAAGAUUUUGCAGCCGGUGUCAAAGUCAAACAGAAUCGAAAGGGAAAGGGACAGAAGCUUCGGAAGAAGCAAGAGGGAAAAGGAAGGUUCUAGAAACAUUGGGAACGAUAGAGUGAGAGAGGAGGGUAGUUCGGGAAAUUUGGUGCCUUUGCAGUUUGAAGCUCGUAGUGUAUACAGAGCCAUGUCAAUGUCAUCUCCUGAUAGUAGUUUGGAUAUGGAGUCGCCUGAUAUUCAGCCGUUUAUGGGAGGAGGAGGAGAUCAUGAUGUAGGAGUAGGGGUGUCUGGUAUGGGUGAGAACCAGGGGAUUCUGGCACUCAUGAGAUCCAUGAGUGAUGGGUAUGAUGCGUCUGGUGGGGAAGAUAGUGAUAGGGUUCCAUCCAAAUUUGAAAGAAAGAUUUGAAUUUUUAAUUUUUUUUUUUGUUAAAUAUUUUUGAAUCAAGGAGAAAGUUAAACUAUCUAGAAAAAAAAAAAGCAGAUUCUUAAACCUUUGGGUAAGGGUGCAAAUGAGCCGAGUCGAGACCGAGCUUGAUCAGGCUUAAUCUCAACUCGUU